CAGUGACUGCAGGCCCAGCCGCCUCUACAUAUCUCCGCCGACUUUAUGACCAGCGGUUUCGGUUCCCUCGGUUUCUCUACUUAUACCAACGCCUUUCAUCAUCGCGCUCGCAGUCAGCAUCUACCUCUUUAUAUCUCAAUAUCCUCGUUUCCUUUGGUGCCUCCGUAGACCUAUAGCUUCUAAACCAGGCUAAGGACCGGGAAACAUGGCCGGGAUGGGGGAUGGAGUAUCUGAUCCUAGGUUACACUUGCCUGGAUCGGAUCGGCAGAAGCAGAAGCGGCUAGUUUUCGACAGACGCUACGGCUGGGUGUUUGAUGAGUGGAAAGACCCCGCAGAAGAAGCUUUAGCUGGCGGAAGGGGAAUGUUUUGUGUGGUGCCAAUUGCUAAGUGUUUGCUCAGGAUGGCCUCCCAGUCGAUUAAUUGCGCUGUAGAAUCCGUGGCAAAAGUCCGGGAAAGCUCAGGCCAGAUCCCUCCACCGGCACUGCAUGCAGUUCUCAUCAACAAAUACCAGAAAGUCAAGGAUUUGAGCAAAAGCUCAACAAUAACUUGAUGUCACCUGUUUCCCCAUCGACUUUGUUGGAGCUGUCCACAGCUAUUUUCACAUAGCUGCAACAAACAAACAGUCAGCUUUCCCGCAACAGCUUCCCUACAACAGCUUCCUGCGACAGCGCAGCUGCAGCUGCCCCAA